AGAGGAGAACAGUAAUCUAUCAACCUACCUGUUAAAAUCGGUGAAAUUUUCAUCUUCGAAACCCUAAUUUCUGCUAAAAUUCUCUUGAUUCGUCCAUGGCUACAGCAUCAGUGGCGUUUAAAUCAAGGGAGGAUCACCGCAAACAGCUUGAAUUAGAGGAAGCUCGAAAAGCGGGGCUUGCGCCGGCUGAGGUCGAUGAGGAUGGAAAAGAGAUUAACCCCCAUAUUCCUCAGUAUAUGUCAUCGGCGCCUUGGUAUCUUAACGCUGAAAGACCAAGUUUAAAGCAUCAAAGGAAGUGGAAAUCGGAUCCUAAUUACACCAAAUCUUGGUACGAUAGGGGUGCGAAGAUAUUUCAGGCUGAAAAAUAUAGAAAAGGAGCAUGCGAAAACUGUGGAGCCAUGACACAUGAUGCAAAGUCAUGCAUGGAGAGGCCCCGUAAAAAGGGAGCAAAAUGGACGAGCAUGCACAUUGCACCUGAUGAAAAGAUAGAGACGUUUGAACUGGAUUAUGAUGGGAAGAGAGAUAGGUGGAAUGGUUAUGAUGCAUCUACAUAUGCUCGUGUAAUUGAAAGGUAUGAGGCGAGGGAUGAUGCUAGAAGGAAGUAUUUGAAGGAACAGCAACUGAAAAAGUUGGAGGAAAAAAAUAGUAAAAAUGAUGGAGAGGGUGAGGAUGUUAGUGAAGAGGAAGAAGAAGAAGAAGAUGAUGAUGAUGCUCUAAAAGUUGAUGAAGCUAAGGUUGACGAGAGCAAACAAAUGGACUUUGCUAAGGUUGAGAAGCGUGUUCGUACCACUGGUGGAGGGAGCACGGGAACUGUCAGGAAUUUGCGUAUUCGGGAAGACACAGCAAAGUAUCUUUUGAAUCUUGACGUGAAUUCCGCGUACUAUGAUCCCAAGACGCGAUCUAUGCGUGAGGAUCCGCUUCCUGAUGCGGAUCCAAAUGAGAAGUUCUAUGGAGGUGAUAAUCAAUAUAGACAGAGUGGCCAAGCAUUAGAGUUCAAGCAGCUCAAUAUCCAUGCAUGGGAAGCAUUUGAUAAAGGCCAAGAUAUGCAUAUGCAGGCUGCUCCAUCCCAAGCUGAACUUCUCUUCAGGAAUUAUAAGGUCAUUAAAGAGAAGUUAAAAUCAAAGACCAAGGAUACGAUUAUGGAGAAGUAUGGCAAUGCAGCAACUGAAGAAGAGAUCCCAAUGGAGCUUCUAUUGGGACAAAGUGAGAGGCAAGUGGAGUAUGAUCGUGCUGGAAGGAUUAUAAAGGGAAUGGAAACAUCCCUUCCGAAAAGCAAGUAUGAAGAGGAUGUCUUCAUUAAUAACCACACCACUGUUUGGGGUUCAUGGUGGAAGGAUCACCAGUGGGGUUACAAGUGCUGUAGACAGACAAUACGCAAUAGUUACUGUACUGGUGCAGCCGGAAUUGAGGCUGCAGAAGCAUCAACAGACUUGAUGAAGGCAAAUAUUGCGCGUAAAGUGUCUGAAGAUGCUCCUCCUCCCGCAGAGGAAAAGAAACAUGUUACUUGGGGUACUGAUGUACCCGAGGAUCUUGUUCUCGAUGAGAAGCGUCUCACCGAGGCUCUGAAGAAGGAGGAUGAGAGGAGGAGAGAGGAGAAAGAUGAAAGAAAACGGAAGUAUAACGUCAAGUGGAAUGAUGAUGUUACUGCCGAGGAAAUGGAGGCGUAUCGAAUGAAAAGGGUACACCACGACGAUCCAAUGAAAGAUUUUCUAAAUUGAAACUCAAAUGUUGUAAUAACAAACAAAAUGAAUGCUUUAUGAUUUUCUCUUCGAGUUUGGUUUUGUUUUGUUUGUAUGAUGCACUGAGAUGUAUUAUUAGAUUUGAAUGACAAGCAGUGAGUUUCCUCA